GACAGCUUCAACCCCUAGCUGCGCUGAUAAGAAAGCUCCGCACAGCUGUUGGUCCAAAACAAACCCGAAAGCAUUCGCCUAUAAGCAGACAGCGUGCGCGGCACGUUCAGUUGCAAGUUCGGGCUCACGCAGCGUAUACGCAACGAGCAGCACUCGGCGCCUCCAAAAGUGUUCAGGGGCAGCGCUAUAAAAGUUAGAACUGUGCACUAAAAGCCAACAGAUGGUCGCCGGCUGUUCACCCGCCGAGUUAUCGGGAUCGACAAAUCUCAACUGGAACGCUUUAAGUAAUUAAAACUGGAAAUCAAAGCAAAAAAACAAAACAAAACAAAAGUUAUAAAUAAAAAUAUUUUAUAAAUAUUCAGAAUGCUGAAUAUUUAUACGAAUUAUAUUCGCAGUUGGAAAAUGAUUGAGCAAAUCAAGAAAAGAUUAUCGCCAUGAACCGCACUGAACCUGGCAGUCAAAUUCUGAGCUCAGCCGAGUUGUAUAAAGUACUUUCGAGCGACGCCACAUUUGAUACGAUUGGGGAGAGUCGACAUUUGGUUAAUUAUCCUGGCCUUGAUGCAGGCGCUGUUUACGCUACGAACAACAACUACGACAAACUCAGCAGCAACUACGAAGACAGCAGCAGCAGCAGCAGCGGCAGCAACGGCAGCAGCAACGACAACAUGACAAUGUUGCUGCUGAACAGCACAAACAACGGGAGCUAUGUGCCCGCCGGAAUGGACCCAGUGCUGAUGGACCAGUAUCUGCACAAUCGUUCCAUCGGCAGUCCGUGGUACCACUUGCUAAUCGCCAUGUACGGCGUAUUGAUUGUAUUCGGAGCCAUGGGCAACAUAAUGGUGGUAAUUGCAGUACUACGUAAACCAAUCAUGCGCACGGCCCGCAAUCUCUUCAUACUCAAUCUGGCCAUAUCGGACCUGCUCUUAUGCCUAGUAACCAUGCCGCUGACACUAAUGGAACUCCUUUCGAAGUUCUGGCCAUACGGCUCCUGUGCCACCCUGUGCAAAACGAUUGCCACUCUGCAGGCCCUGAGCAUAUUCGUGUCCACCAUAUCCAUAACAGCGAUUGCCUUCGACAGAUAUCAGGUAAUUGUCUAUCCCACGCGGGACAGCCUGCAGUUCGUCGGAGCUGUGACCAUACUGGCCGGCAUUUGGAUUCUCGCCCUGAUUCUGGCCUCGCCGCUGUUCAUCUACAAGCAGCUGAUCAACAUGGACAUGCCGCUGGUGCUGCAGCAGUUCGGAGUGCCCCACAGGAUAUCGUACUGCAUCGAGGACUGGCCGAUGAGCGACGGCCGCUUCUACUACUCGAUCUUUUCGCUGUGCGUGCAGUAUCUGGUGCCCAUUGUGAUAGUGUCGAUCGCCUACUUCGGCAUCUACAACAAGCUGAAGAGCCGCAUCACCGUGGUCGCCGUGCAGUGCUCGUCGCAGCGCAAGACGGAGCGGGGCAGGCGGAUGCAGCGGACGAAUCGACUGCUGAUCAGCAUUGCGAUCAUUUUCGGGGUCUCGUGGCUGCCGCUGAACUUCAUCAAUUUGUACGCGGACAUGCAACGGCCGUCGGCCGUCACGCAGAGAAUGCUUGUGGCGUAUGCCAUUUGCCACAUGAUUGGCAUGAGCUCGGCCUGCUCGAAUCCGCUGCUGUAUGGAUGGCUCAACGAUAACUUCCGCAGCAACGUCCAGGCAGCUGCGACGCGUCGCCGCCGCAAACACGAAGCCGACCUGUCCAAGGGCGAGCUACAGCUGCUGGGUAAGAGCGCCAAGCGGGGCCUGGCGACCUCCGAUGGCGACUGCCUCGGCGGCGUUAGCAUCGCGGCCACCGACUUUAACGCACGAAAUGGAACGCGCAGCGCGGUCACCGAGUCUGUGGCGCUCACCGAGAAUCCCAUGCCGUCGGAGCUGAUCAUCCUGGCGCCGCCUUAAACAGACACAGACCACAAAUCCGCCUAAUACACUAACCCAACUAAACUAAAUCUCUGCCUAAGCAGGAGCUAGCCAGUCAGUCUCUGUGCUUUGUCGUACGUAUAUGUAUUUGCAUAUGUAUAUGUAUAUGUAAAUAUUUGUAAAUAUAAAUACGAGACACAGACAGUGUGC